GCCAUCAUGUCGAGUACGGCGAGCUACAAGCAGCGAAAAGAGGACUUCGUGUCCAAUUUGACGGGAGGCUCCGUCUCGGAGAUCGGCUAUGUGACGGCCGUCGCGCCCGUGACGGUUCUUCUGUGGUCUGUUCUUCAGGCCCGACAGUCCUUCUUCAAGCCGUACUCAGUCCUUGGGUUUGUCGUCGACUUCUCACUCACUGUUGGCACUUUCCUGCUGGCCACUACCCUUUAUUCCGACUCACCAGUCUUGUUGAAUCUGCUUCUGCUUGCGCCGGCCUUUUUGAUAUGGCUCCUCCCUUCAUCCACCACGGGUUCAAAGAAAAGGCCCAGGCUUCCGCCAAAUGCCCAGUCCAAGGUCGCCUCGGGGCCCCUUGCGGCUCUUAGCAUAAAGCCCUUUCUCACGACUUAUCGCGGAUACAUGAUGAUCACCACCGUUGUUGCAAUCCUUGCCGUGGACUUCCGGCUCUUCCCACGACGGUUUGCCAAGGUGGAAACCUGGGGCACGUCGCUCAUGGACAUGGGCGUUGGCUCGUUUGUCUUCUCAGCCGGCAUUGUUGCCGCUCGUCCGGUUCUCAAAGAGAGAGCCUCGGGCUGCCGAGUCUCGCUGGUCACUCGCCUAUUGCAGUCGAUCCGCCAUUCCAUCCCGCUGCUGGUUCUCGGCUUCAUUCGCCUUCUCAGCGUCAAGGGGCUUGAGUACGCCGAGCACGUCUCGGAAUAUGGCGUCCACUGGAACUUCUUCUUCACCCUGGGCUUUCUUCCCCCUUUUGUGGCCAUCUUUCAGGCCAUCUUUGAUAUUAUUCCCUCACAUGCUGCACUGGCUCUACUCCUUGUGGGAACGUACCAAGCUCUGCUUGAGAAUACGGAUCUCAAGGCAUUUGUUCUCACCGCUCCAAGAGUAGAUCUCAUCUCCAUGAACCGGGAGGGCAUCUUUAGCUUCAUAGGCUAUCUCGCCAUCUUUCUUGCCGGACAGGAUCUCGGCAAAUUCAUUAUUCCUCGGAGCAUCACAUCAAGCAGCAACUCAACCGCGGGCAUGCAAAGAAACACGCUUCUCAUGACGAUUGCAGUCUGGGCCGGAAUCUGGACCGUGCUGUACACCAUUGUCACUAGCUACAACUUUGGGCUUGGAUUAACCGUCUCGCGUCGGCUGGCCAACCUGCCCUAUGUCCUUUGGGUAGCGGCGUUCAACUGCUGGCAGAUUCUAGCUUUCUGUGUCAUUGACACCAUCUUCUUCCCCGCAUUUUACAAUGCCGCGGACGCGCGAUCUGAAAAAGAAGCCUAUGAAGCGUCCACGAGCUUUGUGUUGAAGGCAUAUAAUCGCAACGGCCUGGCCGUGUUCCUCAUUGCCAACUUGCUGACAGGUUUGGUCAAUAUGACUGUCCCAACAUUGGACGCAACACCUGUUGUGGCCAUGGGAGUUCUCUUGGCUUACACGGCAACCGUCACAGGCGUUGCGGUGCUGCUAGAUAUCUACGACAUCUCGAUCAAGCUAUAAAGGUCGCAAGAAGAGCAGUAACAUUACAAAAGAAGAACAAAGCAAGAUGACAGAUGCGGUCACCAGCGCACAUUUUGUCGAUGCCAUGCCCAUAUCGGUCGUUUGCUAGUGUGAUUCAGGGACGGGAUGCAACGCUCUUGUACCCAACGGAUGAUCUGUUCACCCCUGGGCGCUUCCAUGACCGUACAGGAAAGAAUCCAAGACACAAUGAAAGGAAGCCUCCCUUGAAAAGAAACCAAAGGCAUUGUUAUUGUCUACAUUGGGAAUAGACAAGGAUCUGUCGAUGCCCUGAUUGGGUGGGAGUGCCCUUGAAGCCAAAGAUUUUCAUGCAAGACACCCGCGAGAUGGUGAGAUGGCAAACUUGGCGCGCUAGAUGGAUUUGGACGGGUAUCUACCUAUUAGUAUCUAGUCAGGCGAUCUUAUUUGUGUGCACAGAUGCCAAUCGAAGAUUUAAUAUCAUGGGUUAUCCACC